UUGCCCAGUGGCAUUGGGGGCCAUUUUGGCUUUCACGGAACUCUUCACCCUCACUCUGACCCCACACUGGUCUGCCAAGAGAGAACAAGCAUCCGAAAGGGCUGAGUGCAGUAGCUUGUUUCCCCAAGUUAAUCCAGCGGUCUUCAGCCUUAUUCCAGCAAGGCUGAUAAGUGAAAGUCUUCAAAUAGCAACCCCUUUUUUCCUCUUCGUUAUCUCGUCCUCAUAGCUGAUCGCCUGGUCGGCGCAUGCUUCAAUAUGCCAACACUCAAUACCCCUCGCGCAAGAACAUCUAGAAGUUGCGAAAAUUGCCGGGCUGUAAAACGACGCGUGGGUCUUUCCUUCUCAUUUUAGUGAUGUUAACAUUAACAUGGCGACAUAGUGCGACAAGCAGGUUCCCCGGUGUGGUCAAUGCAUCCGCACGCGCGAAACUUGCCUGGGAUACCGUGAUCAAUGGGACUUAGUCUUCCGCGAUCAGACAAGCCACACCAUCAAACGCUCCAGGAACAAAUCAGAAAAGAAUGCGGUCUCAACUGCGGGUAUCCCCUUGACCCCACCUACCCGUGGUCCGAAUCCUAGUCUCGAAGAGAUAGGCGUGAACUAUUUCCUCCAGGAAUUUACCGCAGGUGGCCGUUCCCCCUCACGCGGUUAUCUCAACUACAUCCCGACUGCCUAUUCGGCCGACGUUGAGCAUCCGACCCUCGUCGCCAGUAUGGCGGCCGUGGGCCUCGUGGCUUUGGCAACUCAUCAGCCCGAGCUUGUCCAUCACGCGCGGGCCAAGUACUCCGAGGCGAUCAACCAUGUGAACAAUGCAUUGGCAUCCCCUGUUGAAUCAGUUAAGGACAGCACUUUGAUGUCGGUGAUCUCGCUUGGGGUUUUCGAGCAUGUCUCAAACUUUGAGUCGUGGGUUCGACAUGUCAAAGGAGCUGCUGCGUUGGUGGUUGCCCGAGGUAAAUCUCAAUUUACCCGUAGGCCUGCCAUCCUAAUGUUCAAUCAGGUGCGCGCAGAUAUGUCGGCUGCCUGUAUUCAAAGCAUUCAGCCAUUUCCGGAUGACAUGCGUGAGCUGCAGGAAGAGGCAACCAAGUAUACAGACCCUUCUGAUGCCUUCUGGUUACUCGGGGUGCUUGCUACACAGUGCGCAACCCUUUUCGCCAGCGUCACAGCCAAGCAUAGAGGCAUCCCUUUGCCUAGAGAUAUGACGUGGCUUCACUUCCUAGAAGUAUCUAUUGCGCUUCAGGAUGACUUCCAAUAUGUUCUUGAUAUCCUUGCUAGGCAGGAGCCGUACAUAACUAUCCACGAAUCCUGUGAGAGUGCGGAGUUCAUUUCUUACAAUGGCCAAUAUCACCUAUACCAGACAUCUUGGGCAAUAAGGCUUUGGAACAACUCGCGAAUGGUUGAGAUCAUUGUGUGCGAGAUCGUAUGCUGGCUCAUAAACAAGGUUCUUGCCGAGAACCCGGCUUAUCCUGCUGAGGGCCGAUUGAAGCUUAAAUCAAGGCUACAGUACGCGGCGCAGAUUAUGUCAAGACGAGGGGAGGAGAUAUUGGCCAGCGUUCCGCAGGGUUUGGGGCUUGUAUUGUUACCUGAUGCCCAUAAGCCCCAGCUACCGAACGUAUCGGGCGGGUAUAUGCUAAUAUGGAAUCUCUAUACAGUCGGGAAAUCUCCUGUGAUUAGUUAUCAAAAUCGUCUCUGGGUCAUCAAGCAACUAAAGGAUGUCAGUCGGAGUGCAGGCAUUGCAAUGGCGUUUCAGCUUGCCGAGGAUCUUGUUAGAUUAGAACGAAAGAUCAAUUGAAAACCUCGCCUCUGCGGACUCUGGAGGAUAUGGGCGGGCCCCUUCAGAGAUCGAUUGCGAAAAUCUGUCCCGAUAAUACCCAUACAAGACAAAGGCGCGGUAGUCAAUUGCAGAGAUCUCAUUAUCUGCCCCAGCGCCAAGAAAAGCCCUGAUCCGUGCCUGUCGAAUGACGUCAGUGGCGCGUUGACGUCUAGAUGCUCGUGGGUACAGAGUAGUGGGGG